UGAUUUCUUCUUUUUAUGAAAACCAAGAAAAUGAACAAGGCGAAAUAGGAGUUACUUUCCUUGAUCCUGUUGUUGGAGAUCGCGUUGGAUGGAGGCUUGCUUGUGUCCGAAAGCGUUAUAUUCCAGUAACUGUAGUUUGUGCUAGCACUGCUCAUCAGUACCUGCCAGGUUUGGAAGCAGCUGAUCACCUCCCUCUCUUUUAUUCACCUUCAACUGUUAUCUGAACAUCGCUGAGUAAUCAACGUGUGUUGUUCGUGUGGCCUCCCCUGGUGGUACAGCCAUUGUCGACGUUACAGACGUUGUUUGUGUGCUGAUCACAUAGCAGUGUGAGCUGAGGACGGGAUUCGUAGUGCACUGCACCUCGCCGAGGAUGGCUGGCCGUGAUAAUAACCAAUUCAAAAUUGUAUUGCUGGGUGAGGGCUGUGUAGGAAAGACGUCAUUAGUUCUCCGGUACUGUGAAGACAAAUUCAAUGACAAGCAUUUGACAACACUGCAGGCAUCAUUCCUGACGAAGCGGCUGAAUGUAGGAGGAAAACGUGUUACCCUGGCGAUAUGGGACACUGCAGGCCAGGAGAGGUUUCAUGCACUGGGACCCAUCUACUAUCGUGAUAGCAACGGUGCUCUACUUGUAUAUGACAUCACCGAUGAGGACUCCUUCCAGAAAGUGCGCAACUGGGUGAAGGAGCUCCGAAAGAUGCUUGGAGACGACAUCAGCUUAGUGAUCGUCGGAAACAAGUCUGACCUGGAGAAGAACCGUCACGUCAGCAAGGAGGAGGCAGAGGAGUACGCAGCAUCAGUGGGUGCCAAGCACUUUAGCACGUCUGCAAAGCUGAACCGUGGCAUCGACGAUGUCUUCCUGGACCUGACCAAGCGCAUGCUGUCGGCCAAGGCAGAUAGGCCGGCACGGCAAGGUGGCCUUGGCCCGAUGGUAGGGGGCUCCAGUGCAGGAGUACAGAUCACAGAGGACGAGGCACCGAGCAGUAGCGGUGGAUGCUGUGGGUAAGCUGAGGAGCAAGUGCGACCGGCACGAACUAAAUAAACUGUACAGGCUUCUCUCUCUGUGUGUCUCUGUCUCUCUCUCUGUGUCUCCGUCUCUCUCUCCCUCUCUCUCCCUCUCUCUCUCUCCCUCUCUCUCCCUCUCUCUCUCUCCCUCUCUCUCCCUCUCUCUCUCUCUCUCUCUCUCUCUCUCUCUCUCUCCCUCUCUCUCUCUCUCCCUCUCUCUCUCUCUGGUGUAUACGGCACUCGCUGCGAGUGCCGUAUACAUCUUGUUUGUUUUUAAUUCUUUUUUUUUGCAAUCGAAAAGCCACGGCGGUGGCGGCUGCUGCUUAGCUAAAGAGGAAGGGCAGUAUCCUAGGCGUGGUUGCUCUUCCCCAGUGUCCGGCUGCCACGGCAUUGCGAUGCGCAGUGUGGUAUGCUUCUUGUCCGUCAGCUCCGCGCCUUGUCCUUGAUUGGCUGGCCCCAGCACGUGCAUCCCCACCUUUAGUCUUCACCUGAUGUCACCCUACGCAAUCAGCUGCCCGUGUAGUUUUUUAGCAGCAUCGAUCAACGUGAAGGAAGCAUCAGCAGCAGCAACGGCUAUCACAGUUUAGCACCGAGCGUUGACUAGAACAAUAACAAAGAUGACACUAUUUACAAACACCGAGAUUACGUUUUCUGUUUUCGACUUCCCCCGCCGCCGCUACCGUCGCUGGUUGCUGUUCCCAUGCCCGUCAGUCGACUGUAAAUCGCUAGGUUUUUUUGCAUGCAUCUGAUUGUUCGUCACCGCUUCCCCAAACGGUUUGUGUUGGCGCGCGAGUGAAUGGGAAUGCACAGUCUUUCUUUUGCCGCUGCAGCCGUUGGUAUUUUCCAGCCAUGAACAUAAAAAACACAUGCUCAGACCCCAGUAUUGUCAUGCUCCGCUUUCUCCGCUCACCCAGCGCGCUCUCCCCCGACCCAGCACCCAAUGCACACGUUCUCACUCAUUUUAUCCAGUUCUUCAAUAUUCCUCCUGUGUGCAUGCAUGCACAUGUGCUUCUUGAUGUUGGUUGGUCCGAGUGUCCGAAACUCGUAUUGAUUUACCUUGCUGACAUUCCGCUUGUUUCCCUUCAGACCCUGACAUGACCAGUCAAUUUUUUACUCUGA